AUGAAAAGCGAUUCAAAUUCAAGUUCGGAAGAUGAAAAGAAAACCAUGACUCCCUCGGAGAGCACAGAAGAACAACUAUCUUUUCGCAGUCCAGAAGCAGAUCGAGUCAGUAUUGUUCCGGAAUGCGCUUACAGUGCCUGGAAUAUAUUCAUCGGAAUAUUCUUACUUUUCACUACAAUCUUCUUGACGCCCGGUGAAAUCCCAUCUAUUGUGACCCAAUGUUUUGGAGUGCUUUUCAUUUUCGUCGGUUUACUCGCUUUCGUCCUCAUCUUCAAAUCGGCUCGUUCAAUCUUCAUUGUCUUGACUGUCUUCUCAGCUAUUACGAUUGUUCUGACAAUGUUGACGAUAAUCGGAUUUGUUUAUACGAUUGACGGAUCUUUCCCUGUUCCUGAACUAAUGCUGAAAAACACAUUCUUGGAAAUUGUGUUGGCAGGUUUGCUUCUUUUUCAUAUCGUAUUCAAUUUGUUCAGCUUCUUCAUUUUCUUAAAGAGAUCAUGCAAGAGCCAAAAUACUCUGAACGAUGAACACAACCAACGGUCGUUUCGAUCAUCGGCGCAAGCACAAGAGAAACAAGAAAAGGGAUCAGCCGAAAUUAUUGUGAUGGAUUAUUAA